GUCUAUUUGGGUUUAGUGCACUUACAUCUUGGCAAAAUUCCGACUCGCACACUGCACCAGCAAAUUGAAGAUACACUGGCAGCGCAAGCCAUCUCCCGCACUCUCGACACGACAACCAAUUCUUCACCAACUGCUUUUGCUCUGUGACCCUGCCGCCAAUUCAAGAUGUCGGCUCCUCAGAGUGUGCAGUGCUUCGGCAAGAAAAAGACUGCUACCGCAGUCGCCCAUUGCAAGAAGGGCAAAGGCCUGAUCAAGGUCAACGGCAGACCCCUCGCGCUGGUCCAGCCCGAGAUCCUGCGAUUCAAGGUCUACGAGCCUCUCUUGAUUGUCGGCCUUGACAAGUUCGCCGAUGUCGACAUCCGUGUUCGAGUCACCGGUGGUGGCCACACUUCGCAAAUCUAUGCCAUCCGACAAGCCAUCUCCAAGUCCAUCGUCGCCUACUACCAGAAAUUCGUCGACGAAUACACCAAGAACCAGCUGAAGCAGGCCCUUGUCCAAUACGACCGAACGCUCCUGGUUGCCGACAACAGACGGUGCGAGCCCAAGAAGUUUGGUGGUCCAGGUGCCAGAGCGAGAUACCAGAAAUCCUACCGUUAAACUGCCGCGUUGGGCGAUGGGUUGUUUGUGGCCGGAGUGGUGCGAAUUUUCAGUGGUUGUCAUGUUUGGUCAUGGCAGCUCUGGAGCGGUACGGACAAGGAUGCAGUGGAUGGUUUUCAAAUAUUGCACGGCGAGGAUUCGGAGCAAAAAUCAUGGCAUGAAUGACGAGAUUUCGUCCAUAAGCUCAGACGUCGGCGCCUGAGAUGGCAACCCAUAUCAGGGUAUGCGUUUGAGGGCAAAAAAAAGAAUACAAUUCACAAGUUCAAAAACAACAGCGUCAGAAUACUUGACACGGCCUGAGUGACAAGUGCUUUUUCGACUUCCCCACGAGUCUCGCAGUUUGUCUCGCUUGCAUCCAGGCUGAUAACCUGCUGGAAAGGUUGGCCAGCCAGUGCCAAACAGUCUACGUUUCGACAAUGACCGGAGCAUAUUCCCCAGUCUCAUCAUCCUCAUCGGCACCCUGCAAUGUCAACUCAACGCUCUCGCCAUCCUCUAGCUGAACCAUUCCCCUCCUCAGGACAUCCUUCUCAUUCUGCCAGCCGUAUCUGUCCUCGAAUAACCUCUGUAGAGCAUUGACUUCUUUCCGUAGAGCCUUCCCUUUGCCUUCCUCUUUUUCAUCAGCAAAAGCCUCAUCCACCAGCACUUUGAACCGGGCCCAAAGCGACCUCAACCAUGAACUAUUAGUUUCAUCCCUCAACUCGAACAGCCCGCCCUCUACAUCGUCAACAUGCUGAAUCUGUGUCCCCAGGAUCCUGACCAAUUCGACAAAAUACGGCUCGACCUCAAGCAAGGCUUUUUGGCAUGUCAGACACACGCUGAGCAGCCUCUUCCACUGCUCGAGACAGCUGUAGUUGGCGAGCGUCAGAACCAUAAGAAAGCAAAACUGCAACUCUCCCAGAACUUCCCGGGCUCCAAGCGUCCUGUCGCCGUUGGCCGGCGUGAGCGUGUCGAUCAGUUGACCCAGGUACCAGCUUCUAUCUCUUGCCCUUUCCGUCCUCGUGCCACCAAUGUCGCUGCUCUCCCACGUCUGUUUCAGGUUGAUCGGCAGCAGGUUCAACGGCGACUGGUGCAGCGCAUUCGUGGUCUCGAGGUGCGACAGGCCUGGGAUAUGUUCGGUAUCGCUGGGCGCAGAUGAGAUGGACGACACGAUCCACUCAGUACUGGACAGUACGCGGUCCAGGAGCUUUGGAGUGAUGUACUUGGACAGCUUCGGCCAGUCCUCGGUGCUUUCAGCAGUUCUCUGCUCAUUUCCGGCGCCGUUGUUGUCGGCCUCAGACUCCCGUGCGUUCAGGUCAGAAGUAGCAUCCUGGAGAGCUGUGUAGUCGACCAGUCCUCGACCGGAAGAUUCGGUGAAAGCAGCAAUGGCGUUCCGUGCAGUCUGGUUACCAUGGUCCAACAGGUCCAAUGUUUCCGUGUCGCUGUUCCAUCUGAGGACUUCCCACGGCGGUCUCGGUCCGCCUGGUUUCAAUUGGAUCCAUCGUCCGUGCCGGAUCGAAAGCGAGGCAUGAGUCCCCGUGUAUAUGAAGUGCACUCCGUAUGGUAUGUUCGUGAUGCCGUGGAAGUUGGGCGACGAGUUGAACGACAGGAGGUCUAUGCCAACCAGCGUCCUGGGCGGGAGCGAGAGCAACAGCAGAGAUGGCGUGUUAUUGUUCUGCGAAGCCAUUCGUGGAGACACCUUAACUCAACAAUUUAAAGGGCAGGAUCUUACAAUUACAAGAAAGUGGAACGACCAGAAACUAGAAGAAAAGUUUUAUGUGGACGAAGGUGGUCGAAAUUUCUGGGUAUUGAUUUUCCAUCAUGCGAAUAAGCUACAUCAUCACCUGCGCCAUCAUAUGCAGCGGCAGAAGAAUCAUAGUAAUAGUCGCGCGACAGCUUUGAAGACCAGGCCAAAAUGCCGUUCUUCGCGUAUUUGUUGACAACCACCACAGCAUUUGCUGCCUCCCCCGAGUCCACCCUACUGCCAUAGAGAGUACGUUGGCAUCUCUGUUGUAGCAGUGAAAUUUUUGAUUCUGAGACAAAAACGUCCGGGUUCCACGACCACGGCGUCUCGCUCACAGACGACGACCACGACGACCACCCUUGCGUCUCGUGCUGUCGGACGGAGUAGGGGUGACAUCCUCGAUUCUUCCGAUUCUCAUUCCCGAACGAGCCAAGGCACGGAGAGCAGAUUGAGCACCCGGGCCGGGGGUCUUGGUGCCGUUUCCACCGGUGGCUCGGAUCUUGAUGUGCAGAGCAGUGAUGCCGAGUUCCUUGCAUCGCGCAGCGACGUCCUGAGCUGCCAACAUGGCGGCGUAGGGAGAGGACUCGUCACGGUCGGCCUUGACCUUCAUGCCUCCAGUCACACGGCAGAUGGUUUCGCGGCCACUGGAAUCACCCAGAAUGUUAGCCUACGUUCCCAUCCAUUUUUUUUAUUUGGUAUCUGGUUCCAAGCACUCCAGGCUUCCAAUGGUCGCCUCGAUUCAUCGAAAUAAAUCGUUUUCGGUGAGGAUUUCUGAGUGUACUUACGAAAGAUCGGUGACAUGGACGAAGGUGUCGUUGAAGGAAGCGAAGAUACGCGCGACGCCGAAGACCAGUUCACCUGUACAAAAAGCCUCCGUUAGUCUCGAAACCGCACAGAAACUCUCGAUGCGGCAAUUGUAAACUCACCUUCGCGGAC